CGGAAACAAAAAUCUAUCCUUUUUAGGGGAUAUCAGUUAAAGUUGAAGAAAGAUUAACGUUGCAUAAGCUGCAGUGACCUAAUCGAAGUCGAAUUUUGUUGUGAUUCGAUCAAACAUGGCUUCUUCUGGUACAGUCGUUGAUGUUUUUCCUGACUAUCUUCGUGAAUGGCCCGUUAUUUCAAUGACAKUUGGAACAUUGGCCGUUUGUGUAUCUUACUACAUAUUAACAAUUGGUAGAAAACCMCAACUAAUUGCCAAACAWGGCUCACAAUUCCAAAACUUCCUCAUUAAAAAUUGUCCGAUACUGAAAGAGCCUUACUGGCCGACYAUCUGGUGCUAUGGAGGUCGAGCUCAAACAGUSAUUGGAAGCAUUAUGAGAUCACAUCCACUAAUACAYUACCGCCGAGAAYUGCUUAGAUUACCAGAUGGUGGGGAGCUCUAUCUUGAUUGGCUGGACAAUGGGAGUGAUAAAGCYGAGGACCCYAAUAAAUUCCCUACAGUCCUKAUUAUGCCAGGUCUGACUGGUGACAGUAARCAUGGCUAUGUGCUUAACUUYGUAAAGGAAAUUCAGGACCUUGGUUACYGCGCAGUGGUGUUAAACAAUCGUGGACUUGCUGGUGCUAAGCUGAGAACCCCCAGAUCAUUCUGUGCUGCAAAUACYGAUGACGUUGAGUUUGUCAUUCACCAUAUAAAUGUUUCUAAACCUGGAAUCCCUAUUGUUGCUGUUGGAGUCUCACUUGGUGGUAUAAUACUGAGUAAUUACUUAUUAAAAAUGGGAAAGUCUACUGGACUUAUAGCAGCCAUGACAGUUUCUGUGCCAUGGAACACUUUUAAGUCAUCAGAAUCUCUUGAGGAACCAUUGAAUUGGUUUAUGUUYAACCGCUACCUCACAAAUUGCCUGCAUGGUCUUGUACGCAACCACCAACAUAUGGUUACAAAGGCAGGAAUAACACGUCAGAUUGACAUCAAUCAUGUGUACCAAUCAAGAACAAUCAGGGAAUUUGAUGAGAGAUUUAUUGCACCUAUGUUUGGAUUCAGAGAUAGUGACCACUACUAUGACACAGCGACACUUCAUUCAAAGCCACUGGAUACAAUYAACAUCCCAUUACUGAGCCUUGCSGCUGCUGAUGACCCUUUUGCUCCUGCUCACUCYCUCCCAUUGGAAAACAUCAAAGGGAGCCCAAAUGUUGCCAUGGUAUUGACUGCAUUUGGAGGCCAUAUUGGAUUUACAGAAGGUCUUCUCCCUACUGGAGCUGGAUAUGCUGAUAGAUUAAUGCAGCAGUUUGUUAAGGCAAUUUUUGACAACCAAAGUUGUGUAAAAGAAUGGGAUUGUGUCUCUGACUAAACCUCUCACUUUAUAGUUUCAUAGUUGCAUGAUUUCAGGUUCAAACUGAAGAAAUGCAAUUCAGUAGCCUCAACAAAAGGACAAGAAAUAUUGGACUGCRUGCAGUGACGUGAAACCUGAGCAGAAAUUGUUUGGCUACUUAUAAGAUAACAAAGUGAUGGUACAGAGCAGACUUUGCAAAGUCAAGUACAAAUCAUUAGAAAGCAUCAGAUUUAUUAUUAUAUUUUAUUUUGGCUUUUCUUGCAUAUCAGCAAUGCAAAAAAUUCUAAAGUACCACAUCUAAAGAAGAAAUACCGGUAUUGCUUUUUGUUAUGAUUCAAACUAUGCAUGAAUUAGGUGAAUGUUUUGGUAAUCACUUUGAUCUUGAGAAUCACAGCUGUUUGUGGCUCUACAUCAAACUUCUAAAUUUUUUGUUGUUGUUACCCACAAGUAUAUAUAUUAGAUAAUUUUUGCUUUAGAGUGAAGUGAAAAGCUGUGAAAUAGGUAUUACACUAAUAUACCUUAGUACGCUCUAAUUGUACCRGUAAUURUUUUCUUUUGUGCCUAUUUGACUAUGGCACUUUUUAAAAUACUCAAAAUUUGUUUCACAGGUUUAACCUCGCCACACUAAACAAAUAAAUAAUUAAUGAAAUUAAUAAUUAAUCAACUCUUUAAAGUACCAAUCUUGUAUAUACAUGUAAAUUGCUUUGGAUUAAAUCAUGUUAUUUUGGGUGA